AUGCUUUGGAAUCACCAUGUCCAGAUUAUCAUCUGCCUGUGUCUUACUGUACCUGGAAUUGUGGGAAAUAUCCUGAUAUUUGUGAGAUAUGUAUAUAAUAUUCUCAUGGGGCCUAAGAAGAAAUCCAUAGACCUUAUCCUCAUUCACUUGUCAUUUUCAAAUAUACUCAUUAUUUGUAGCACAGUUGUCCGAGACAGAGCCAUAUGUUUUUAUUUCAAGAUCUUCCUAGGCCAUACUGGUUGCAAAGCUGUGGUUUUUCUGGGAAGAAUGGCUCGAGGAUUUUCUAUUUGCACCACCUGUCUCCUCACUAUGGUCCAGGCUGUCACCAUCAACCCCAGGGCUACACUAUGGAGUACUCUAUGGAGAAAAUUCAAACCACAGACUGCAGGGCAGGUUCUUCCCUAUCUCCUCCUCUUUUGGAUAUUAAAUUCUCUGAUAGGCUCAAACUUACUGUACUACAUCACAUCAGUCAAUAGUGUGAACAGAUCUGUUGUUGACAAGUAUAGUGGGUAUUGCAUUAUGCUACCAAGUAGGCAAAUAGCAAGGUGGACUGUCCUCUCUUUCAUGUCUAUUCGUGAUGUUGUCUUCCAGAGUCUCAUGGGCUGGAGCAGUGUAUCCAUGGCUCUGCAUCUGUAUAAACAUCACAAGCACGUCUUCUAUCUUCGUACUUCCAAGCGUAUCAACAAUUCCAGCCCAGAAAUCAGAGCAACACUAAGUACUCUCAUUCUCAUGACCUGUUUCCUUUUCUUUUAUUGGGUAGAUUUUAUUUUCUCCUUGUACACAGUUUCCACAAUGACACAAGAUUCAAUGACAUUUAUUUCUAAAAGUUUUCUAGAACUUGGUUAUGCUAUUUUCAGCAGCUUUGUCCUGGUCAGCAGAGAUGUUCAUGUUGCUAAAUACUGGAGUGCUCACAAAUUGCUGAAAUUAAAUUCUGCACCCCUUCCUCCAUGA